AUGGGUUGUGAUAGAGUUCAGUUAGUGGGCACAGUGUCAUUCUUGCUUUUGCUUUCAAGUGCCCAAGGGUGGGGAAAAGAUGGGCAUGCCAUUGUUUGCAAGAUUGCGCAGGCUCGGCUCAGCACUGCAGCUGCAGAGGCUGUGACCAAACUGUUACCCGAAUCUGCACAAAAUGAUCUGGCGAGCCAGUGUUCGUGGCCAGAUGAUGUGAAGAGGGAAAUUCCUUGGUCUUCUUCCUUGCACUUUGCUGAUACUCCCGACUCCGUUUGCAGUUACGAUGACUCCAGAGAUUGUGUAGAUCAGAGAACUGGCAUUAAAAAUCGAUGUGUUGUGGCAGGGAUUAGCAACUAUACCAACCAGCUACUCGAAUAUGGAAGUUACACCGAUUCUCCAUAUAAUCUCACUGAAGCUCUUCUAUUUCUUUCACAUUUUAUGGGAGACAUCCAUCAGCCUCUACACUGUGGCUUUGUGUCAGACCAGGGUGGCAAUGCAAUUAAUGUUCUGUGGUACAAUGAAACGCAAAAACUUCACCAUGUUUGGGAUGAUAGCAUAAUUGAAACACAGUUUCAAAAAUUCAAUGACGAUUUAGGCGACUUAGUUGAUGCAAUUCAAAUAAAUAUUACGAAAGUCUGGGCUGAUGAGGUAGAAGAUUGGGAAUACUGCAGUAAUAAUGAGAUAUCAUGCCCCGCUAUAUAUGCUUCUGAAAGUGCCGAAGAUGCGUGUAAAUGGGCGUAUAAAGAUGCUAGUGAAGGUUCAGUACUAGAAGAUGAAUACUUCUUUUCUCGUUUCCCUAUAGUAAAUUUCAGGUUAGCUCAAGGAGGAGUUCGAUUGGCUGCAGCUCUUAAUCGUAUAUUUGACACACAAUAUCCUGUGUUGAUCUAG